GAUUGUUCUGCAGACUGGGGUGGAGGGAGUGACGAUGCGCACACGCGGGUCCUGGUUUGAUUGACGGGACGGGGCGGGAGGCAUCGGGCAGGGACCAAUGAGGAGAGGUGUUGCUGGAGAGCGGGAGGGGGGGCGUUGCUAGGGGCCGGGCGCGAGCGGAAGGUCGGUGUGAGCGAGGGAGGCAGAGGGUGGGGGCUGCCACGGCCAUAGCAACGGCAGUGGCGCUGAAACAUGUCUUACUACAGCGUCAGUGUCCUUGAUGAUGAAAAUGCAAGCCUUCGACAGCAGAAGCUGGAAAAACAGCGGGCUCUGCUGGAACAGAAGCAGAGGAGGAAACGUCAGGAGCUGCUCAUGGUCCAGCCCACACAUGAAGCCAAACCCCGGAGGUUGAAGCCCAAGCGAUGUGAGGAGCAGGCCCCGUUGGUUGAAUCACGCAGCAGCAUCACCAGCAAUAUAAUACUCGAUGCAGGAGAUGAUAGAAGGAAGACUGAGAACAAAGUGCCCGAGGAACCUUUAAGGAUUCAUAAACUGAAAAAUGUGCAGACGGCUCACCAGCUGGCAAGGAACAGUGACAGAAACAAAGGACAGUCAGCAGAGGAAGAGAGUUUAAAGAAGACUGGGGAGACCGAGUUCUCUGAGGAAACCUUAAGACUCCUCCUGUUGAAAAACAUGCAAGAUGCUUAUGAAUUGGCAAGAAUGAAGGAAAGGAAGGAAGGCCAGUCAGCAGGAGAAGAUAAAGAUAGGGAUGAGGAGAAUGAGCUCCCGAAUGAGGAUUCAGGAGCCCGUAUACUGAAAAGGCUUCAGGAAGGUUGUCAGUUGGAGAGAAGCAAAAAGAGGGACAAAGGAGAGCCAGGUAUUGAUGGCCCAGCUGCCUUCACAAUCAGUGAGAUGCAGGACAUUGGCAGCAAAGUUCAGAUGCUUUCGGUUAGACAACCUGGCGUUGACUGUGAUGAUGCCAAGGCUCUCCUGGACUCGGCAUCCAAGCCAGAUAUCCAGGAAGUGAUGCAGCAAAGAGGAAUCUCUGGCAGCAUGAACUUUGAUGAGGAUGAAGACGAAGAGGCUGAAAAUACCUCAGGCUCACAGACUGAAGAAAGCAUCAGGCCCUCAUCUGCAACCAGCAAGAAAUCUGACAAGGAAACAUCAGCGGUCUCCCUCCCUUCUCCUAGUCCUGGCCUAAACCCGAUUGAGUUGGACAACUUGGAGGAAUUUACCUUGAGACCAGCGCCUCGUGGAGUCACAAUCAAAUGCAGGAUCACCCGGGACAAGAAAGGAAUGGACCGUGGGCUGUAUCCAACCUACUAUGUGCAUCUAGAGCGGGAUGAUGGAAAGAAGGUAUUUUUAUUAGCAGGAAGGAAACGGAAAAAGAGCAAAACGUCUAAUUACUUGAUCUCCAUCGAUGCCACAGAUUUGUCCCGAGAAGCCAUAAGCUUCAUUGGUAAACUGAGGUCGAAUUUAAUGGGAACAAAAUUUACAAUCUACGACAAUGGAGUAAAUCCUGCUAAAGCUGUGGGAUUGCUUGAAGAGAGCAACAGCAGGCAGGAGUUAGCUGCGGUGUGUUAUGAGACUAACGUGCUAGGCUUUAAAGGACCAAGGAAGAUGACGGUGGUCAUUCCUGGAAUGAACAUGAAUCAUGAACGAGUCCCCGUCAGACCUCGCCAUGAACAUGAAAGCUUGUUGUCGAUGUGGCAGAAUCGCAACAUGGAAAAUCUAAUCGAGCUACACAACAAAGCGCCGGUGUGGAAUGAUGACACACAGUCUUACGUCCUGAACUUCCAUGGGAGAGUCACGCAGGCAUCUGUCAAGAACUUUCAGAUUGUUCAUGACAACGAUCCUGACUACAUUGUGAUGCAGUUUGGAAGAGUGGCUGAAGAUGUUUUCACAAUGGACUACAACUACCCAGUAUGCGCCCUCCAGGCCUUUGCAAUCGGACUCUCCAGCUUUGACAGUAAACUGGCGUGUGAAUGAGGACAGCAACGGUGGUGCAGGCCUCCACUUUGUGUCGGAAGCGAAAUGUGAAAGGGACUUAUUUAUUGUACUGUAAUCAUGCAAACACAACAGAUCUGUAUUAUGGAAAAGGGUUAGAUCAGAACAGGAAAUAAUACAAACCAAGGAAAUAAAGACACUGUCAGAAAUAGAUGUUAGACUUUCCCACGUGGCCUACAAUUAUGGCAUGUUGAUCAGUUGCCCUUUUCUUUAUACUGUGGUACUUGAAUGAACAGUGGAACUGUUGUGUGUAACACCAUGCAUACCCAAGCCAUCAAUGCCCACAGAGACCAGAAAGGGGAACUAUUUAAGUACUUGAGCCAGACCCUAGUAUUCGAUUGGCAAAGCAGUUGACCCUUAGAUUAUGUCAUGUGAUCCACUCAUAUUUUGGUUCUGCAUAAUGUGCACUUCUUUCCAACCUGCAGGAUGGAAAGCCUCUGAUUUUUCUUCUGCCCCACUCACUUGGUGGGGGCAUGAAGAAUGGGGCUGGAGACCCAGGGACAGUUGCCCUCCACUCGACUGAUAUUGGAGUCCCCAGAAACAGCUGCUGUUCAGUGGACUGAGGAUGGAUUUGCCAGGGAGAGCACUGCUCUCCAGUGCUUUGUCACGUGGCUGUUCAACAUGUGUGACUUAAAGUGGGAUAGAGUGGUUACUCUCAAACCCAACACUAUCCUCACCAACAAAACACAGACGAGGACAUCUGCAGCAGGGGCUUGCUGGCUUGUGUUGAGGAAUAUUAUCCCUGAGAUUUGUUUCUCCCUAGUUAAGGGCCACUGAGGUACACCCAGUGUCUUGCACUGCUGCUUUGAGUGAGAUCACCCGACUUGACACAGUAAUUCAAAUUCUGCAGAUAGGAGUGUAAAGUAUUCUCAUUGUUAAACACGUUUUAAUAUAGUUUGGGUGCAGGCUGGAUUAUGAGAUUUUUCUAAAUGUCAUGUUCUCUCCACGCUGACUGAUACCUUUUCAAUACCCCUUGUUACCGAAUUUUAAAUUUAGAGCUGCUGAAGCAGAGAGAGACCAAGAGUUACACCUUUCAGCUCCACCCUGCACGGAUUUAGCAGGAUAUACAUUAAGACACUUGCUCACACCUUGAGCUGUCCACUGAGUAAAAUAAGACAUCAGGGACUGGUAGUAAGUACAGUGAUUGCUUGCAGGAAAGCAAACAGAACACAAUGGACUGGUAAAAUGCAAUAAACUCUGCUGUCCCUGGAGACUUCAACUGCAGCCUCCUGGAGGGCAGCUGUCCCUGGGACUUCAGCCCCAUUCUAAAGCGCAGCAAAGGCUGCUGUCACUUCUCAUUCAGAUUCUAGGACUGGACAUCACUGUCUCAAAUCAGUUAUGCUUUGUAUGAUACAUGCAGACUCUGUGUCAUGUACUGCAAUCUGAGUUGUCCUGUGUGUCACACACUAGCCGCUGUGUUAUUCUUUAUUUAUAACUUAGUUAUUUUAAUCAGGUAAUUUAGAUGAACAGUCUUUCCAACAUAUUGUAAAAUGCAGGAUUUUGUUUUUCUUCUUCCCUUUUCCAAAAAUAUUUCAUCGUUGUUUCUAAACAUCAGCUAUAAUAUCAAGUUCAGGUACAUUCUUCACAAGUUGAAUAUCCAGUGUGACCUCAUGUGUGCAUUAUAAAGACUGCCUUUCUCAUCAUUCAACAAUGUUGUUGAUGGAAAAGGCAAAACAAAGUAAAACUCUGUGUUAUGAACGAAUUUGAGAAAAUCUCAGGAGAGUAGUUCUCCACCCAUUUAUUAAUGGCACGUAUCACAAGUACUUUUCUUGGUUUCAGAUUGGCUUUAGACAUCACCCUCUGACUUCCCCCAGUGACAUCGCCCUCUGACCUCCUUAACCUCCCUCAGGUGGCAUCUGGCCUUCUGACCUUCCUCUGGUCAUGUUACCCUUUAACCUCCCUUUGGGUCAAUUCACCCUCUGAUCAUGUUGCCUUUCAACUUGGCAGAAAUCUCUCUUUGACCUCCCUCAACCAGAAUUGUCCUUUCAGGUGACAUGGCCUGGCUGACCUCUUUCAGCUAGAAUCACCCUCUGACCUCUGAACUCUCUAAAGAUGGGGUGGAUUUAAAAAAAUAAGUUCAGAUAUUUGUGUCCGACCCUUUCAGAUGGCAGCCACUUGUAUAUCCUUUUGGCAGAGUGUAACCAGAGACUACAGUAUGUCAGGAAGAGCAGUGCAUUCACAUAUCCACUAGACGGGGGUGAGUUUAUUGGUGUUCUUGGGCUUUUGGUGCAUGUGACGUCAAUACCUGGGUGCUGACAGAGGCUGAAGUGAGCUCCAACCCAUCCUUGCUAUGAAUAAUAUUUAUGUGCGUAUAGUUCUCAAACCCAUUAGUGUUGCUUCGAAAGAUGAGUUUACAGACAGCUCUGAAUCUGCCGUCAAUCAGGCACGCCCAAUGUUGUUGCAGACAACAAGGUAUCAGCCUUGACUUAAAACAAUCCUCCAGAAAAGUAUUUUAUUGUUCCAAUUUUAUGAUGUGUUGGAGUUGUGUACAUGCAUAUCAGUUUCAGUAACACUAAGAAAGCUGAGCUGGCAGUUUUCCAUAAUUUCCUCAUUUUCAAGUAUGCUCACUUCUCAUUCACUCUCACAAAUGCAUUCCUUUACAUGUUCCCGCAUUCUCAAACGCUUUCUCACUCACUGUCAUUGUCUCUCACACAUUUACGCACUGUUUCACUUCACACAUUCUCAUUCAUUCUUGGACUCACAUUCAUACACUUGAAUAUUUUUUCAUUCACACUUAUUCUCCUCACGCAUUCACUCACAUUCAUUCACAGUUGGUCUCAGACGCUCACGCUCUCAAACAUUCAUUCACGAUUAUUUUCCCUCACAUUUUCACCUCUUUCAAAAAUUGUGCGAUCUCAUUUUAUCUCUCUUAUCCUUUUCACUGACUAACCUCGCACUUUGAUUCUCUCACAAAUUCCCACUCCAAAAUAAGUUCUAUCCUGUCCAUGUGCAUCUUAUUUUUAUUGACCAAUAUGCAGUACCAUAAAGUUAUCUGCGUUAGCUCAGGUGCACUCCCUGUCAUGCUCUCUUUGAAUUAUGUAAUUGUAAUUACUGGUCAAACAGAGCAUAGCUGUUAAUCAUGCAAUCUCAUCCAUUGGCUUUGCAGUAUUUUUUCUCUUAAAUACAUUUAUCAUCUCAUAUUUGGAAUUUGUUCUGCCUUGAACACAUGGAAUGGGAGAAAAACCUGCAUGUGUUUCAGGGCUGUUGUCGGUGAUCACUAUUGGUCUUGAAAGCAAUGGCAGAACCAGUCAGUCAAACAAUGCUCCUUGUUUCGGGUUCCACUGUGUCCUCGCUUUACGGCUGGUGGCAGUACAUAGCAAACGCUAUUGCUGCUUUAUCUGCUGAACUGCUCGUACCAUCUGGUGGCGGAAUGAAUAGACGAGACUCUCAGCGCUUUGGGACGUCCUCCCGACGUGAAAGGCGCUCUAUAAAUGUAAUUUUGUUGUUGUUGUCACUGAAUUAAAAUCUACUACUUUCAAAUACGUAAA